AUGUGCAACGUGAAGAAAAGAAAGGAGAAAGUAGCAGGUAUAUUUUUAAGAUUGAUAUCUCGUGUAAUUGUCUGGCUUGAAGAACUCGAGAAAAGACGCGUAAUCGGGCAUCCUGUUUUAUCUAUCUAUCUGUCUAUCUAUCCGCAUUUUCUUCCUAAUAUCUAUCUAUCUAUCUAUCUAUCUAUCUAUCUAUAUAUAUAUAUAUAUAUAUAUAUAUAUAUAUAUAUAUUUAUAAUAUCUAAGAACGUUCAUGAUCUAUCUAUCUAUCUAUCUAUCUAUCUAUCUAUCUAUCUAACACUGUCUCUUAUCUAUAUAUCUAUUUCUGUUGCUCAUAUCUAUCUAUCUACCUAUCUACAUUCGGUAUUUCUGUAUGUUUCUAUCUUUCUACCUAUCUAUCCAUAUAUAUGCCUGUAUUCAUGUGCGGCUGAUAUAGCCGGGUUCCUUACAAUCACUUUUAGUCCAACAACUCUUGCAAAAGCACGAUAUCUUAAUCUAUCUAUCUAUCUAUCUAUCUAUCUAUCUAUCUAUCUAUCUAUCUAUCUAUCUAUCUAUCGAAAGUGA